CUGACAACAACCCGACACUACGCAAGACAGCAAGAAGACAAACCAAACAACAUUGAGGGUGGUGUUUGCGACUUCUGCGAGGGCUGUUGGCUGCUGCUUGUUGGGUGGUGUGAGCGGCAUUGUUCAGCGUGCACGACGCCGCAUAGAUAGGUACCGAAGGGAAACAACAGAGCGCAGGCCAAGCAAGAGUGCAAGCGCAGUGGGGGGCACACAAGACUGGCGGCACACAGGCGAGCAAGGCAUCGCAGCUGCACAUCCUUCGUCCAGCAUGCCGUCGCGCAUGAUGUUGAAACUUGCGCGAUACGCGCUCGUGUUUGCUGGAGGCAUCGGCAUUGGCAUGCUGGCACACCACCUCCGCUCCACCCGCGUACAUCCACACGCCUUUGUGUUCAUCGUCCGUCUCAAAUUCAAGCCGGGCGCCGUCACCGCGUUUGUGGAGCGCUGGGCGGCGCUGGCCAGCCACUGCCGCCAGAGCGAGGAGAACACAUUGACCUACGAGCUGUGCUACGACCUUGCAGACGAAGACACGGUCAUGAUCUACGAGCGAUACUGCUCCAAGGCGGACCUCACCAAUAUCCACAACAAAUCCGCCCCCUUUGCACGGUUGAACAGGUGGCUGGCAUCUGCAAACAUUGUGCUGGAACGAGAAGUGCUUGAGUACCAAGAGUCAAAUAUUGGAUACAUCGUCAGGAGAUGAUGGCGACGUGGGUUCUGCUUGUCUCUUGCGUCUCUUCCUCCCCUCCCUUGUACCGGUUCCCUCUCCCUUGUCUCUUCUGUUGUCCCCUGAUUCGCUUCCUUGUUGCUCCCGCCGUGUUGGUGUUAUUCUUGAUUAGCAUGACGUGUCAACUUGCGUCUGUGUGCUGACGGUGUGCGCGACGAGUGCCAUCUUCAGGAAUAUGGAUGAAGCCCUUACUCGUCCCUUGUUCCUGCAUGCCAUGCUGUUGCCUUCACCCAAUACCCCCUUUGUUACACUCCCCACGUGCCAUGCCCGCUGUGCGUUGCCACCACCAACACGCUGUUUGCCCGUUGCGGUCUUGCUGUUGUCCAGUGUUGCUUGCUCUCGCCUUUUGGCUAGCGUUUGCUGCCUUGGCUUGUGGUUCCUGAACAAUGCAUCCCUUGUAACCGCA